AUGAACAUAAUAGCACUAAGUCUUGAUAACCACUUCACUAGUCAUGUUGAUGACAAAAAGGAGGAGAAAGACUUUAUUGUUGCUUUCGCUACAACACAAGCUGAAGUUGAUGCUCAAAGAGCUGAAGCUAAUGAAGUUGAUGUUGGUGAUGAGAAAGAUAAAGGUGAAGAUGAUGAGGAUGAAGAUGAUGAGGAUGAAGAUGAUGAUGACUCUCCAUCCCUUCCUGACGCUAGAAAAUAUCUCUAUGGUGAUGAUGAUGAAGACGACGAUGACGACGAAUUCAAGAUUCAUUGUGUUGAGUUUGACUUCUUUACUGAAGAUGAAAAACUCGAAGCACUCAAGGCCGAAGAAGAACUCAAUCUUCAACGACAACAGACUGAGGACAACCUAAACCUGGCCAAGUCUCUUCCUGCUCAAGUUCUUCGAAAGAAAUCGUCUAAAAAGAUGGUGAACGUUCUCAAGGUCCAAGCUAAGUUGCUUUCAAUUGUAGAAGUUGAACGUGAAAAGGCAAAGAAGCUAAACGACUGA